UGUGUAUCCGCAAUGGCGACCCCUACUACUGGAGAUAUCCUGUUGCUGUCUCAAACAGCCUGGAAAAUCGGACGAGCAUUCAUAGCUGGUGGAGCGAAUGCUCCGGCUGAAUUCCAUGAGGUCGAGACCCAGAUAAAUGCUUUGGCCAGAGCAUUGAAGCUUUUGGCCGAAACCAUGUUCUCCGAGGAAGCUGAUAUCCUGAGAGUCGCCCACCAACAUGUUCAGAAAGAUUUCAGUGCCAUUGUCCAUUCUUGCCAACAGCCGAUCGAAGAUUUGGAUUCCUUAAUGGAUCAGUAUCAAGUCAUCAAGAAGACUAGAACCACUGGCGGCUUCGCCAUCGAGAGAUCAUGGAGCGAUCUAGUUGUGGCGCAAUAUCAGACCAUGAUGUGGACAACCGAAGGCGGCAACAUUUUCCAUCUCAUGGGUUUGCUGAAGAUGCGGACUCACAUGAUUUCCCUUGUGAGACAAGCACUGCUAAGGCAAGACCCGCGCCAUGACUUUAUGAUCAUCGCUAAUGCCAUCGUAGUCGACAACAUUCACCACAGGACUGGUACUCUCAGCCAAGAGAUUGACAAGGCAAAUAGCAUUGUGCAAGACAUUGCGAACCAAGCCUCUCGUUCCUUGACCAACGAUUCUCCACUGCCAAGCGUAGAUGCGUCCACAGCCCGGGAAUCUUUCUCGGCUCAACAAUUUCUCCCACAGCGACAUAGCUCGAAGUCAUCCCGCUCAUCUCCUCCAAUGUCAUCAAGAUCAGCACAAUCUUCUCAAUCUACCAUGCUGACCCCAAGCAUGAGAGCAUCCCCUCCAAAGUCUCCUAACCGUACACCGACUCAUUUGAACUUAAGUGACAGGCGACCACCUAGUAUAUAUACAGAUUCAGAGGAAGACUCCGAUCCCGAAUCAGGCAAUGAAACGAUACGGUUUGGAUAUCUAGCUUCACAUGAAACCUCCACGAGCCUUUUGUCUUCCAAGACCGACUCUCAUCAAAAAGACCCACGCUCAAGGCCGGAUUCCUGUACCCUCUCGCCAAGAUUAGCGCCUCCUAUGGCAGCAAUGGAGUUCCCGCCGCCAUUGGAGGUCGAGGAAGGCAUGUCGCACCUCGAAAUUCACCCAGUGAUACGGCACGAGGUCUCACAUCGUCACCGAAGUGCGACUACCUCAAGCCAACGACACCGAUUCGAGAAAGCUGCCUUUGCCAACUCAGCCAUAUUAUGCGAUGUGUCAGGAAUAGCAGUCGAGUAUGCGCAAAAGGUCUCUUCUGAAGCUGACGCUCACGACGUCGAGAUGAUCGAAGCAUGCCAAAACUGCCGCAUCUGUGUCGUCCGCAAGCGCGAGGCUUCAUCCGAGGCGAGAGACGACAUACGGCUUAUGACAUCGAUCUGGGUCUUCAGUGACGACGAUACCUUGCGACUAGAACUCAAAAUGGCGGAUGGAGAAAUGUACGUGCCUUAUGCAAGUUACUUCAGCCCGGAGAAGGUCAGCUUGACGGUACCAUGCGAGCUGAAAUUCCACGACGUUCAGUAUGGGCAGCGCGUGCUGAAAACGGCAAAAACAACGUGGAUCAACUAUGUCUUUGAUUCAAUUCAUGCUGCUACAUUAUUCCAAAACGAGCUCAUGGGCCGCAGCUUGCUAGCCACAUUCCGCACCUCGCAAACCCUCCGCAUCCACCAAGGUCUCAGCGGCGCCUUCUCCUACGCCGAGCAAAUGUGCGGCAUGGAAAACCUACGGAUCUGGGAAGACGAGGAUACGCUCGCUGUCAUUGCCCUUAUCCACUUCUCCCCACAAUUCCGGAAAGGUUAUCUAGCUUUCUACCUCAACUCUUCCAACACGCCCAUCAAGGUCAAGGACGAGGGAGGGAGGGAAGUCAAGGUCAAAGGACUGCGUGUGCCGUUAGACAAAGCCGCGUUGCGGAAAGAUAGUAUUGUAGCCGGUGACGCCGACGACAAGAAGAGUAAAGGGAAGAAAUGGGAUGCGUCUGAGAGGAAGAAGUUUGUUACUGGAGCUAGGAUCGAGUUUGCUAGUGAGGCGGAGAAGAGGGACUUUAUUCGGCUGGUGUGGGAUGUGCAGGAGAAUAUGAGAGAGUUGCCAUCGUUGUCGGGUGUUAAUUAG